UCCAAAUCCUUUUUUAUCGCUACUCUGUUCCGUACAAAUAGUGAAACCUGAAACCCUAACCUUCUUUGCAAUUCCUCAUCUCUCGACCGAAUGAGGGUUUUCUUCUCGCACAAGCUUGGGGGAACCUAAAUUAGGGCUUCUCAGUGCCUUAGAUUUUGAUUUAUUAUUCAAUUUUUCGGCAAGUAUUGCCCUAGAUUGUGGUUUCUUCUGGUUAUUUUGAAGGUGAUUUUUACUUCCUUUGUUCUUGUUGUUUGGGGCAAAGGGGCGCCAUUGAUAGGGAUUUUUGCUGGCUCUAAGGAUGGAAGAGCAGAGCUGGGUAUUGGACAUUGACACCAUUAAUGAAGUUGCAGGAUCUGACGCUCAAUUUUAUUUGUCUGAGGGAUAUGGCAACCUUCAGAGCACCAGUUGGGAUAUUGACUGCAUAAAUGCAAAUGCUGUUGGCCCAGAACAAACAAGCUCAAGGAAAAGAGCUAGAGAUGAAUCGUGCUGUGCACCUGGGUCCAAGGCCUGUCGCGAGAAAAUGCGGAGAGAUAGGCUGAAUGACAGGUUUUUGGAGUUGGGAUCUAUCCUCGACCCAGGGAGGCCUCCUAAAGCUGACAAAGCAACCAUUUUAAGUGAUGCUGCCCGUGCCUUGAGUCAGCUACGAAUUGAAGCACAGAAGCUCAAGGAAGCAAAUGAAAAGCUCCAAGAAACUAUUAAAGAUUUGAAGGUGGAGAAAAAUGAGCUACGUGAUGAGAAAACACGCCUGAAGGCUGACAAAGAGAGACUAGAACAGCAAGUUAAGGCCAUGAGCAUGGCCCCAACUGGGUUCAUACCCCACCCAGCUGCCAUCCAUGCUUUUGCUGCUCCAAGUCAAGUAGGAGGAGCCAAGGCUGUACCUUACUCUGGAUAUCCUGCGAUGACAAUGUGGCAAUGGAUGCCCCCUACCGUUGUUGAUACCUCUCAAGAUCACAAGCUGAGGCCACCUGUUGCGUAGACUUCUUAAUGUAUCUUCUCGGUACUGAUUCUGGCUAUGAGUAGCUGCUAUCAGUAUCGGACUAUGAGCAGGCGCUCCUUAUUUUUUUCGCCACUAAUUUUUCUUUUUAAUUUUCUUUAUGGAUGCGGAAAUAUGUAAUUACCGGUCUAAUUUAUCUGAAUACAUUUGUCUGAUUUUCUGUUGCCUCACUGGGCUUGGGCAAGAUCAUGCUGCCUCUGUCUCUCUCUCUACUGUGUAUAUAUGUAUGUGAUAAUUUCUGCA